ACCAACCCACCCCGCCUCCCUCCUCCCCUCUCCUCUCCUCUCCUCUCCCUCACAAAACAGCACAGCGCGAGCACAAGCGCAGUCGCACGCUCGAGUAAACUGCUGAAAACGCGCAGAAAAUAAUACCGAGAGAGGAGGAAAAAUAAAAAAAAAAUCCCCAAAGCCGCUCUUCUCCUCCUGCUCUCCCCCCUCCCAUGCCUCCUCCCCUCGCCGCCGCCGCCGUCCAGAGAAGUAGGACCACCGGCGGGCGGAGCCGUGGCUUCCUCCGGAGCCGCCGCUGCUCCACGGGCGCAGGCGGUAGCCGCCGCGGAGGCGCCUUGUGACCUGUGAGCCCUGAUCGGUGGUGGGCGGGGUCGGCGGGCGGUGGACGGGUGGGGCGCGGUGCGGGCGAUGGCGCCGGCCAAGAGGAAGCGCGCGGCGGCAGCGGCAGCGGCGGCUGCGGCGGCCGCGGCCAAGUGGAAGGUGGGCGACCUCGUGCUCGCCAAGAUGAAGGGCUUCCCGGCGUGGCCGGCCAUGAUAAGUGAACCAGAGCAGUGGGGCCAGUCUUCUGCUAAAAAGAAGCCGCUGGUCUAUUUUUAUGGUACUAAACAGAUUGCUUUCUGCAAUUAUACUGAUCUUGAGGCAUUCACUGAGGAGAAAAAAAGGUCUCUACUUGCUAAACGACAUGGUAAAGGGGCUGAUUUUCUGAGAGCAGUCGAUGAAAUAAUUGAAGUUUAUGAUUCUUUAAAGGAGAAAGAUAAUAAUAAGCUUGAAUUGGCUGCUGAUGAAGUAAAGCCAGUUGUAGAAAAGCUCGCUGAAAAUAAUGGCUGCAUGGAUACUGAAAAUCUGGUCAAUGGCUCCAAUAUGCACAGUGGUCAAAUAAUAGAAGAUCAUUCUAUCACUACCAGGAAUCCUGACAUGGUCAAUUCUGAUGGACCUUCUGUCACUGUAAAGGGUGACAAGCCCUGUGUUGUAAAUUCUGCUCCUGAUGAGCCUACUGAAGAUGUAACCAUCCUUGAUGAAAUGAGGGAUAUUCCUUUGUGUCCUAAUUCAUUUUCAAAUAAGCCAAGGGAUGCACACCCGCAGAAUUGCUAUACACGUUGUAGGGUUCCAUCGCUGCGGAAGUCAAGAAGUUCAAUAAGUGUUGAAUCAAGAAAGGCUCAAGGUACUGGUAAACUUUUGGAUCAUCAUAGUCAUGCAGAGGAUGACAAAGCUAACUCUGGUGCUGUUUCUACAUCAGAUAAUGUUUUGUUGCAUUCUAGUGUAGGCACCUUCAACAAAUCUGUAGCUUUGGAGACUAUUAGCAGCAAGAGAAGGUUGAACUCUCCUGUUAAAGCGGAUAGUACCUGUAACAGUGAAGCAUCUGAAAACGGAGCUUCAGAGACAGAAUUGAAAUCAAAUGGUACAUCGAAUCUUCCAAUGGACACUGCAGUAAUUUUUAAGAGAAAAAGAAAAGCAGACAGAAAGCCUGUUCCACAUUAUAAAGAUUGUACACCACCAAACAAAGGUGAAGGUUUGCAUGCUGAGUACAGUGAAAUCCUUCCAGAUUCUCCAAAUUCAAAGAAUGAAGUGAAUAAGUCAGAUGGAGAUGAGCACUUGCCACUGGUCAAAAGGGCAAGGGUCCGAAUGGGAAGGUCUCAAAUGGAGGAUUCACCAAUUGAUGAUAUUGAUGUUUCUAAUAAGAAGCCAGAGCUCUCUAUGACUGCAGACAAAUGUGAUAUGCAUUUUACACCUGCAGUACCUGGCAAUGAUUAUUCAGCUGAUCAGAUAUCGGCAGUGGUAAAUACUGUUUCUAAUCCGUCAUCCAAAUUUGAUAUGCCUAUCCUGUCAGGGGAAGGUCAUCCUUGGAAGAAUAAAGAAUACCAUCCAAAGAUUUUGGCAUUGGAUGUUGAAGCUGCUUUGCCUCCAUCAAAACGCCUUCAUCGUGCCUUAGAAGCAAUGUCUGCUAAUGUUGCUGAAACUAACAAUAGUAUACCUGAAGUGACAGGACACAAUGAUAUGGUUCUAGAUAGUUCUUUGUCAACGGGAAACAACCAUUCUAAUAUAUCUGCAGAGACAGUAGUCACCGUAUCUAAUAAGUCUGGAAUAGUUCAAAGCCCUGGACCUUCUUUGGACACAGAGUUUGUGCAUAGUCCAUCUGGCAAAUAUACCUCUGAAUCAAUUUUACAAAAUAAUGCUAUUUCUGAUUCCGCUUCAGUUCCUUCAAAAGCAAACAAUCAUGACAAUCAUAUCAUGACAAAAGGCGAUAUUUGUGAAGAAACUCAUAUGGAUAGCAAAGCUGUCAGUUGUUCCUUGGUUUGUAAUGAACUGGAUAAUGAUGUCUGUGGGAAAACUUCAGCUCUUUGUAUGAAAUCGAAUGAGCCUGCUCUUGAUGUUACACAAACCACAUCUGUACCUGACCGGUUAUCUUCAUCUUUGGAGAAAGCUAGUGAAAAUGUGGUGAUAAUCGAUGUCAAAGAGACAAGACCAUUUGGCUCAGCUGCCUGUAGUGUUGACGGAACUGAUGAGCCAGUUGACCAUGCAAACAACAAUGUGAUCACCAAUGCUAUAUGCCAUGGUGAGACUGUUAUAGCGGAAUCCGUGAACAAUGUGGGAGAUACGGCAAGCAACUCUUCGUUGGCUACUAAAUCAUCCAGUAUACAAUCCGAUGCAGACACCCGGACAUCUGAAGUGCAUACGUUCUCAUCGUUGGCAUUAAAAGAACUGAACCACAGAAAUCUAAAGGACAAGAGCACUUCCCCAGAUUCAAUGCCAAUGAAAGAACUUAUAGCUGUUGCACAAGCUAGAAGGUUCUCACGAUCAACUUCCUUUCCAGAAAACUUCUUAAAUGCCAAGUAUAUUCCUGAAACAUCAGUAAAUACACCUCCGAAGGAAGGAUCGCAGAGGCAGUUGUCACCUUCAAAUCGGAUAAUCAGGUCCACCUCUGCAAAUGAUAAUUUUCAUUCUAGGAGUCCUUUUGAUAGUAUUCAACAGAAGAAAUUAGCAGGGCAUGAUGAAGCCAAUGCGGCACGGAGAUCUUUCAAAGAUUUCCUCGGUACAAUGACAAGAACAAAAGAAAGUAUUGCACGUGCGACACGUCUUGCUAUUGAGUGUGCUAAAUUUGGCAUUGCUGGUGAGGCAAUUGACAUUAUCGUUGAACAUCUGGAGAAGGAAUCAAAUUUAUAUAAGAGGGUGGACCUCUUCUUUCUUGUUGAUUCAAUAACACAAUGCUCUCGCAACCAGAAAGGUGGAGCUGGAGAUGUAUAUCCCUCUCUUAUUCAGGCAGUUCUACCUCGAAUACUCUAUGCCGCUGCACCCCCUGGAAACUCAGCAUGGGAGAAUCGAAAGCAAUGCCUCAAGGUUUUGAAACUUUGGCUCGAAAGAAAAACACUUUCAGAGUAUGUCAUCCGUCACCAUAUUAGGGAAAUUGAGACUAUCAAUGAGGCGUCAUUUGGAAGUUCUCGCCGUCCUUCGAGAUUAGAGAGAGCUCUAAAUGACCCUUUGCGUGACAAUGAAGGAAUGCUUGUUGAUGAGUAUGGGAGUAAUGCUGGUUUUCAGCUACCCAACAUAAUCUGCACGAAAGUACUUGAAGAAGAAGAUGGAAACUCAUCUGAAGAUAGGAGCUUUGAAGCUGUUACACCUGAACAGGAUGCUCCAGAUAAUGAUGACAAUGAAGAAUCUCAAAUGCCUGUGGAGAAGCAUCGCCGCAUUCUUGAAGAAGUUGAUGGUGAGCUUGAGAUGGAGGAUGUAGCUCCACCAUCUGAAAUUGAAGUUACCACCAAAUGCCGACCAGAGCAAAGUGGCACCAAUUGUACGACAUCUGAUCAACGCCCUUCAGAUGUUGGUCCUCCCCUUCCUGUGGACAAGCCUCCAUCACCUCCGCCGUUGCCAUCAUCUCCUCCACCUGUGCCACCUCCGCCACCUGCCCCCAUUCCCCAGAGUGCGCAGAUGCAGCCAAAAUUACAAAUGACAUCUGAUCCCAUUGGGCCGCAUCCUCCAGGAGCUACAUAUAAUAUUCAAAGUCAACAACCACAUUCUAUUGAGCACCAAGGUAACAUGAAUCCUUCUGUUGCACCAUUGCCGCCUCCACCAUUUAAUAAUUCAGGAUAUGGAGGGCAAUCAAAUCAGAUUCCACCUCCCCCACCGAUGGCACCACUCAAUCCACCUGGUCCCCAUGGCAAUUUCCCUGCACCCCCAGCACCAUACCAUGGAAAUAACUAUCAUCGGCCUCCAACUACAUCAAUUCCUAAUGAGGGAUAUCAUAUGCAACCACCACCCCCUCCGCCGCCUCCAAAUCAAUUCCCUCCUGUGCCAUCAGAACACCAACAAAGGCCACACCACUGGGGUACUAACUGUCCUCCGUAUCCUGAGAGAUAUCGGUACAAUGGGCAUGAUCGAGGUCAUCACAGACAUGACAGAAGGCAUCACGGGCAUGACAGACAUCAUUUUGAUGAUAGAGGAUACCUCUACGAUGAUAGAGGAUAUCACUACGAUGAUAGAGGCCAUUACUUUGAUGAUAGAAGACAUCAUUUUGAUGAUCGAGGACACCAUUUUGAUGAGAGAGCUAUUAGGGGGGCAAUGCACCAUGAGGCUGACAGGGGAAGAUAUCCUUUUCCGCCAGGACCUCCUCCGAUUCCAGACCAUUUUGAAGCUCCACCAGCCCCAAUGCACUAUGGGCGACCAUCGGAUCCUCCACCAGGGCCUUGUGCAGGCUGGUCUAGGCCCCCUAGGAUAUCUAACUAUUCACCCUCCAGACAUUCUAUGGAGCCUCCAGUUUCACAUGCAGCUGGUGGACAUGGUGGCUGGAGACCACGAUAACCUUUUGCGAAAUUGAAAUGGUGCUGAUGCUUUUCUUAGUAUGGUCCUGGAAGACUGAGGUCACUCCACCUCAGGGUGGAGGCACCAGCGAGAUUCUCCAGGUUGUACAUAUGUAUCUCAGGAUUGCUCUCUGGAUGUGGAGGAAGCAUAACGCUGUUGUAUCCUUGGGGCAGACUGUCCGGCCUCACGGAUGGCUGAACUGUAGGGAUAGGGUAUCUUGUAUCAAGCGAUUGUAGCCUUAGAUUGUGUUUGUUAGUGCCGCGGUCUUCGGUUUCAUCUGGAGGGACUUCAUUGUUAAUGUUCAUGUAUGAAUGCCUCCUGUCAGACAGCAUACAGCUACUCUGAUGACUUACUGAAACUGUUUGAUUACAGCGUACAUAAGCCAAAGAGUAAAUACAAAUCAUUUUCCCCUA